AUGAGCAUGAAUCCGCCGCCAUACCCCUUCGUGGUCGGACAACAACCACAAUACCAACCACAAUACCAACAACAGCAGGAGCCGCAGGAACAACAGCCACAACAACCGAUGCAGCAACCACUGUCGUAUCAUCAGUUACCUCAGCUAGCUAUACCUGCUCCUCCUCCAGGCUUGCAGUUUCAACCAUACCAAACGUUUGCACCGCAAGCUCCGAUGCUAACGUCACCAUCAUCGACAGUUCACACUUUACCUCAUCCAUAUCAUUACCCAGGAUUUCAAUACCAACAGCAGGCCCAGCAGAUACCUCAGUCGAUAUCACCGCUACCGCCUCAAAGCACAUCACCAAAAUCAUUAUCUCAACUACCUCUCCGACAAUUUACAUCGACACCAAUAGUGCCUUUACAACAACAUCAUGACGAUAGGUCAUCGAAGACACCAAGCACAAGUGGUUCGAGCGCGAUUUUAUCGCCAUAUAACGUUUCAAGCGCCGGAUCAAUGGCUCAAAUCGCUAAGAAACCGAUUGAAAGGCCAAUUGAAAAACCAAAAUUCUCAACGACGACAACGACAACGCCAUCAGCACCUGCAACUACUAGUGAGCCACUGGUUCAUAGCUACGAUGUGGCAAAUAUAAGAGGUGGUUCGAUUAUUUCGUAUGAUAGUAAUGGUCACGUAACGAAACCUCGAGUAACGACUACCAUGUGGGAAGACGAAAAAACUUUAUGCUAUCAAGUUGAAGCCAAUGGAGUUAGCGUGGUUCGUCGAGCUGAUAAUGAUAUGAUUAACGGUACCAAGUUACUAAAUGUUGCCAAGAUCACAAGAGGUCGUCGAGAUGGAAUCUUAAAAGCUGAAAGAAUUAGACAUGUCGUCAAGAUCGGUUCAAUGCAUUUGAAAGGUGUUUGGAUCCCGUUCGAAAGAGCUCAAGUGAUGGCCGAACGAGAAAAAAUCGCGGAUUACCUGUAUCCGCUUUUCGUCAAAGAUAUUCAAAGCGUUUUAAAGGAAACUUCAAACCAUGAAGACGAGAGAAUGUCGAGAAUUAACUCACCUCCUAAUGAUCCGAUGUCAUCGUUAAAUCCACCGUCUCAAGGUCCAAUGUCAUUGCAUCCACCCAAUACAUACGAUCCGUGGUAUUCGACGAGGAAUAUUCCACAGCCAACGCCGACAACAACCACAAUUUUACCUCAACCUGCUCAAUUUGGUUUACCUACUCAAUCAAGAACAACCCCACCAUUUGCAAUUCAAUAUACACCUGCACAUACCACCAUUAGACCACACCCAAAUACCCCAAAUUUUGAUUACUCUACUAAUAGUUCAACCCCCAAUCCAAAUUCAAGACUAAUUUUUAAUCAAAAUUUAGCUCCUCCAUUAACUUCUGUCACACCAACACCAAGUGAUACUUCUACAACAACAGCACCAUCAUUAACAAGCAUUAGACCAUUGAGUGUUACACCAACUGCAUCAGAUGCAAGACAGCAACAAAAUGUCAUGGGGUUCGUUCCUGCUCCUCAACCUCAACAAUUGCAUCAAUCUUCAUCACAACUGCUGCGAUCGACAAGUGGUAAGAGUGAUACCACCGAUCGCUCUACUAGUGAUAGCGACGGCUCUAAAAAUGAUUAA